AUGCCGAUGCACCAGGGCUUCCUCCCGCGCGAGGGUCUUACCGCCGACCCUAUCUUUCGCCUCAUCGCCCGUACCGCCUUAAACCCUGCUCUGGUGCUGCCGCUUCUGCUCCUCGCCCGUUACACCAAGAAGGGCGGCGAUCUCGCCGUCCUGCACCCGACGGCCUUUGCACGCAUCAAGUUUCUGGCCUACUGCGCCCUCACGCGAUGGGCGAGCAGCUGGCUUUCGCGACGUACGCUGAACAACUGGGUUACCGACCGAUAUGACUGGCGCAGGGAGAUUGUCCUGGUGACGGGCGGUGCCGGUGGAAUUGGAGGCCAUGUUGUCCAGUUGCUGGCUGAGCGGGGUAUUACUGUCGUUGUUCUGGAUAUCCAAGACCUGACCUUCGCAGCUGGCUCCAACGUCCACUACUUCAAGUGUGACAUCACCUCAACCGAGAAACUUGCCGCCGUAUCCAAUGAGAUUCGAGCCAAAGUCGGCCAUCCGACAGUGCUCAUCAACAAUGCCGGCGUGGCGCGCGGCAAGACCGUCUUUGACUCGACGGAGCGUGAUAUCCGCUUCACCUUUGACGUCAACACGCUCUCGCACUACUGGACAGCCAAAGAGUUCCUUCCAAACAUGGCCAAGAACAACCACGGCAUGAUCGUGACGGUUGCGUCGUUUGCGAGCUACUUAUGCGUUCCCAAUAUGGUAUAA